CUUGCCAGCGACACUCACCAACUCGAGAAAUAAUCAGCCCUCGCAUCCGCCCGCACGCCCACAAAACCACGAAGAAAAGAAGAGGAGGAACGCCGCAAGUUCACGCGACGAUGGAGAACGCCGCUGGCGCUCCCGCUCCCGCCAUCACCAAGCCGUCGCUAUCCAAGAAGCCCUCGCCGUCGUUCCGCCUCCGGAACGGCAGCCUCAACGCUCUGCGCCUGCGCCGCGUGUUCGACCUCUUCGACCGCAACGGCGACGGCGAGAUCACCCUCGACGAGAUGGCCUCGGCGCUCGACUCGCUCGGCCUCGGCGCCGACCGCUCCGGCCUGGAGGCCGCGGUGGGCGGGUACAUCCCGGCCGGCGCUGCGGGGCUCCGCUUCGAGAACUUCGAGUCCCUCCACCGCGCGCUCGGGGACGCGCUGUUCGGCCCCAUCCCGGAGGAGGUGCCUGAGGACGACGACGAGGGGGACAUGAAGGAGGCGUUCCGGGUGUUCGACGAGGACGGUGACGGCUUCAUCUCGGCCGCCGAGCUGCAGGCCGUGCUCAAGAAGCUCGGCCUGCCGGAGGCUCGGAGCCUGGCCUCUGUGCAGGAGAUGAUCUGCAACGUCGACCGCAACUGCGACGGCCGCGUCGACUUCGGCGAAUUUAAGAACAUGAUGCAGGGGAUCACCGUGUGGGGCGCUUAGCUGCAGCACUCCUUCGUUGUCACCCCCUCUACUGCGUGGUUUCAUGUUCUGGAGCAUCUAAAGACUAGAAACUGGUGCCAGGUUUAAAUGUACUAAGGGUUCUGUUAGUUUUGUAGCUUGGAGUUAGUGAUGUUGUGUGUCCUACGGUGGUCAGAAUGCAGGUGAUGACUUGUGAUUUCAGUGCGUUCUAAGUUCUAUAACUUUGGUGGUUCUGCCCCCUAGUGUAGAUAUUCUGCUUCUGUACGUAGUGUCUUCCUUGCUCUAAUAAACUCUCUGAACACGAGACAUCCAGUUUAUCUAUCAACAAAAUUGUUAUGAACACGCAUGCUUGAUUUCUACUACAAUGUAAUUUGCCAUCUUUCUUGGCACAGAGAGAUUCAUAUAAUAAUCAGUGUUCCUGUAUAUCCAUA